GCCAGGGGAGCCCAGAACCCUGUUCCACCAGCGCUGGACCAUGCUCAGGGCCUCAGGGCUGGCCCUCCUGGCUCUGGUCAACCUUGUGAGCUUGAGCUGGGCCAGCGGCUUCACAGAGACCGGCCUGUCCCUGUUGGGCUAUCAGCUGUGUGAGCGCCUGGUGACCCAGCAUAUCCGCCGGGUGGAGGCCACGCAGACAUCCCACAUCUCCUCUGUGUCCUGCGGCGGCUGGAUCCCCUGGAGACGAUGUCCCAAGACUGUGUACAGCACACAGUACGUGGCGGUGGACGUCCCCGAGGCCAGGAAUGUGACCAACUGCUGUGAAGGUUAUGAGCAGCUGGGCUUCUACUGCGUCCUACCUCUGAAUCGCUCUGGAGGGUUCACCUCCAGACCCGGGGUCUGCCCGGCGGCGGGGGCGGGGCCAGGAGCGUCCGCGUCCCCAUGCAGCACAGACGCCGACUGUCCUGGACUUAACAAGUGCUGCCCCUGGCUGGGGGGGCGCCGCUGUGUGGCCCCCACACCCCAAGGUGCAGUCCCCGAGAACAUGUUGGCCUGGUACAAUGUGACCAUCCUGGUGAAGAUGGACUUCCAGGACCUGCUGCGAGAGGACCCCCGCCUCUUGAACCACACACGCCUCCUGGGCUCCCUGGUUCUCAGUGCCCUGCAGCCGCUGAACGCCUCCGUCCAUCACCUGCGCUCGGCCAGUGGCGACCCCUCCACCACGCUGUCGUGGCUGCUGCUGGGCCUGCCGCAGCUGCUGCCCGUGGCCAGCGUCUCUGGCAUGCUGGAUGAGCUGGUGCGGCGCGUCUAUGAGGUGGUCAGCGUCCAGGUGCAAGAUGUGAACGAAUGCCUGUAUGAAGAACUCAGCACCUGCUCGGGGGCGGAGCUAUGCGUCAACGAGGAGGGCUGGCACCGGUGCACUGGCGUGCAGGGGUCCUCGGCGGGCCCGCAUCCCCAGCUGCGGAGCCACCUGGAGGAAGACUGCCCCCCUGUCAGCGACCACGUGGCGCACAGUGUCACCAGCACUGGCUUCCGCGUGUCCUGGAGCUCCAGUCUCGCCCAGAACUGCACCUUCCACGUCCAGGUGUCCAGGGGCGGGGUCCCGCUCAGCAGCUCCUGGACCCGGGCCCAGACCGCAGCGGUGGCUGGGCUGGAGGCGGGGGCCCUCUACGAGGUCAAGACCAGCUACCAGGGCUGCGGGGCUAACGUCUCGGCCGUGCUGGCCGUCAAAACCGAGGCCCAGCUGUUCAGAGUCACCCUGAGGAUCGUGGACCGCAACCUGACAGUCGAGCUGCAGGACCCCAGCAGCAGCGAGUACCAGGCCUUUGUCAGCCAGCUGCUGCAGGAGGUGGAGAAGUCCUUGCCGCCUGCCGUGUCCGACCUGCACAGGCGCGGGAAACUGUGGAUACACCUCGUGUCACUGCAAGCCGGAAGUGUGGUUGCCACGCUGAGACUGACUGUGCAGGACCCCGAGUUCCCACUGCAGGUGUCCACGCUGUCACCCAUGCUGGGGCCGCUGUGGGCCAGCACGGUGUUCCUGAUUGAUCGUCAGGGAACGCAGGUGCAAGACUGGGACGAAUGUGCAGACAGCUCGGAGAACGACUGCUCGCCGGCCGCUCGCUGCAUCAACCUCGAAGGAUCCUACACCUGCCAGUGCCGUGCAGCCAGGGAUGUCAACCCCAGCCGGUCGGGCCGGGCAUGCGAGGGAGACAUGGGGAGCCCCACGGAAGCUGUGCCAUCUGCAGCGGCAGGGGUCAUGGCCCCAUCGCUGGGCACAGCAACAGCAGCACUCAGCGCAGAGAACCCUACCUUGACAUCAAGCGCAAGGCACCUGCAGGGCACCCAGACUCACUGCCCAGGUGGGCCGGCACUGCCCCCCUCCUCCGGGACUCUCAGCUCAGUUCCCAGUUCCUACCAGGGGGCAACAACUGACCUGCUGGACACCCAUGGACAGUUUCUGGGAACACUCGCCACGAAGCCACCCACUGAGGACCCCACGGGCCACGUCAUGUGGCACACCACCCUGCCCGUGUGGGAGACUCCCCUGAGCCCCACACAGAAGAAGAAUGAGUACCCCAGCCUCCCCGGCUCCCCAGCCCUGCCACGGACCCCCACCCUGGCAUCUCUGAGGACCCCCACCUGCGCUCCCGUCCUCAUCGAGCGGAUCACGGUCUCCAACGUGACCAGCUAUGGCUUCCACCUGGCAUGGGUGGCGAGUCUCGCCCUGCGCCCCACCUUCCAGCUCACCCUGAACCCUGCACUGAGCUCCACUGUGGGCCUGGAGACCCAGGACACGCGUGUGGUGUUGUCGGGGCUACAGCCAGGCGUCCUGCACCUGGUGGAGCUGGUGGCCAAAGCAUGUGGGAAGGAAGGCACCCCAGCACACCUGAAAGUGAGGACAGUGGCCAGGAAACUCGGCGGCCAGGUGAGGAUCGCCAACGUCUCGUUCUCCGAGUCGCUGAGCAACACCAGCAGCCGUGAACACCGUGAGUUCCUGCAGGUCUUCCUCAAGGCGGUGCGGGGUUCCUUGCCGGCUGUGCUGUGCCAGCAGCUGGACGCCGGCGGGGUCAGGCUGGAGGUGACCCGCAUCACCAACGGCAGCGUCGUGGUGGAGUUCCACCUGCUGAUCAUUGCCGAUGUGGACGUGGGGGAGGUGUCUGCUGCGUUCCUGGCUGCCCUGCAGAACAUGACCAUGCUGGAGGUGGUCCCCAGCGACACCUUCCUGCAGGAUUACGACGAGUGUGCGACAGGCGAGGACGACUGUGCACCUGGGACCACCUGCAGGAACACCCUCGGCUCCUUCUCCUGUGACUGCGAGGAAGAAGAACUCGACCUCCCCAUAGAAUAUUCUGGAAGAUCCUGUGAAGGUGACUUCCCCGGCAGCACUGUCCCGGCCCCCAGCCCUGUGGGAAGCAGCCCUGCACCCUCAGGCCCGUCCCCUCGGCUGACGCUGAGCAGCGCCGUCAGGGUGCUGUGCGAGAUGGAGAAGGUGGUUGUGGCCGUGCAGAAGCAGUUCCUGCGGCAGGAAGCUGUCCCCGAGUCGUCCCUCUACCUGGGCCAGCCGGCCUGCAACGUGAGCCACAGCAACCGCAGCCACGCGCUCCUGGUGGCCGGCUGGGGCGAGUGCGGGACCCUCGUGCAGAGCAACAAAACGGACACGGUGGUGAGGACCACGCUGAGGAGUGACCUGUCCCCCGACGGCGUCAUCCGGCACCUCAGAAUCCUCAGCCCGAUCCACUGCGCCUUCCGCAACCACCUGCUCACGUCCUCAGGGUACACGCCGGAGUGGGGGGUUUACACUGUCAUCGAGGAUCUCCACGGCGCGGGAAGCUUUGUCACCGAGAUGCAGCUGUUCGUUGGGGAGUCCCCCAUCCCCCAGAACCACAGCGUGUCUGCCAGCGAUGAUGUGAAGAUCGAGGUGGGACUUUUCACCCACAAGGGCAACCUCAAGGUGGUGCUGACCGAGUGCUGGGCUACGCCGUCCAGCAACGCCCAGGACCCGGUCACCUUUGGGUUCAUCAACAACAGCUGCCCGGUGCCCAACACCUACACCCGCGUCAUUGAGAACGGCGACUCGCACAAGGCGCAGUUCAAGCUAAGGAUCUUCUCCUUCAUCAACACCUCCCUCGUCUACCUGCACUGCCAGCUGCGUGUGUGCCUGGAGGCGCCCGGGGCCUCGUGCAAGAUCAACUGCAAUGACCUCCGUGUGCUGAGGAGCGGCGAGACCUCUGCGAUGCACCAGACGUCCUGGGGGCCCCUCGUUCGCUCCAUAGGUGCACCUGUGGGUCCAAAGCCAGGCCUGAGCGCUGGCUACGUGGCCCUCAUCGUGGCGGGUGUCCUCGGUGUCCUGGCGGGAGCGGCUGCCCUGGUGGUCGUGCGCUUCCAGAGGAUGACUGGAAAUUACAGCAUCAAGCUCCGCUCAGACAACUUCAGCUACCGAGAGUUUAGCCAAUAGGAGCUCGCGGGCGACCCAGAGGUCGCCGAGAGUCAAGCCCGCUCCUCGGUCCAGUGCUCGCAGGUGUCACCUCUGAGCCCCAAGAUACCAACAGCCCCUGCUCAUGCCCACAAAGCUCCUCCAGGAAGAGGGAGGGCAGGUGUGGCUGAGGGCAGCGUGCUGGGUGGGGUCCCCCAACCUGGCACCAGCAUGCUCUGCCAUCACCCCGGCUGGCCAUUACUCUAUGUAUUAGAAGAGCAUACGUAGGGAUUGAUGCCACGGCGUAAUAGGUUAAGCCUGUGACUGCAGCGCCAACAUGGGCCCUGGUUCAUGUCCUGGCUGCUCUGUUUCCC